AAAUGGUCUUAUCUGAAAAGGUCCAGGACAGUUAUAAAUGAAAUAAUCGUGCUGGGCACAUUAAUCCAUGUUCAUGCCCUAGAGGGAGACCUCAGCUCGCCCGUUUGAUCUGUGUGUGAGUGCAUGUAUAGGCCACUCUAUGUGUACGUGGGCACGAACGCUCGUCCCCGUGCGUUUGCAUGUAACCAACACCUUUCAUUCAUUUUCCCCCCCCAAUCACUUGCUUUUGUUGUUCUUCCUGACUGCCUUUUAACCAGGAGCUCCAGCAGAGACUCGAGAAACGCGAGAAGCGGCGCACAAAGAGUCACAAUGUGCAAUUUGGCCCGGCCGCCGGACCACCGCGGUUUAAAUGACGCACAGUUGUUGCUCAUAAGAUUCCCGGAGUGUCAGACAACAUGGAUUUGCGAGGGAGUGGGGGCACUGGAGGGAGCUAUCAUCAGGUUGCAUGCCACAACAGAGACAGCACAUCCUGACACUGGUUUGCUCUUUUUUUUGUAAGAACGAGUCAGAACAGAGACUUUGAUGAAGGUGUCAAAACCAGCUCAUCAUCAGCUAAAGGAAAGAAAAAUCACAAAAACACAGGAUUUAUUUGGGCCACAGGCAGCUGACGCAUGAAGAACUGACCUCUGAUGAUUCAUUCUAGCACUUAGAUCAUUCUAGUUUACAUAAUAUUUGCUACUAUGUACUGUAAACACACUUAACAUGAGUUUAAAAGCCAAUCUGUGAUUUAAAAAAGAUCUUUCUAACAACCUACAAACAUCAGAUGACCUUAGGCAGUUACACAGGUUUUUUCCCCCAUAUAUUUCAUUUUUAUGCUGUGUCAUGAUACAUGUGUGACAUUUUAUCCCUUUAAUAAUAAUAAUAUUACUGAAUUCACUACAUUACCCGGCAAACAGGGAAACAAAAUAAACUGCAGAUUUGCGGUCAGCACUGACAUCUACUGGAGACUUCUCCUACACCGUUAAUGAACUGUUGCUUUGCAUAAACGUCAGGACAUCUGUCUUGGCCCACGGUUAAACAUAGUAAUUAUGAAACAAAUGUAUUAAUGUUUUCAAUUCACUCGUUGUAUAAUCAUGUGAAACUUUGAUCUUAGUAUAAAAUUCUCAAUUUUUUUAGACGUUACAAAGUGUAGAUAAUAUCAGAACAUACUGUAUAUGUUAAACUACAAGGUUAUGGCGCCAUCUAGUGAUCACAUAGAAAAAGUACAAGGAAAGGAACGUGACCUUCAACCUUAAAAUGUUAUUACAAUCAAUUCAGAGUUGUUGUUUUUUUUUUUUAAAUGCAGUUAUAAAUUUUGAGUAGGUUCUACAUGUCAGACUCCGUAUCGGAGUGAGCGUGGCGUGUGAUGAAGGUGUUUCAGCAGCUCCCACGUCUGACAAGCUGUCGAGCCGCUGAAGAGGUCCUUCUGUGCGUUAUCUCCCUCUGGCAAUCUGAGUUCGGAGCUCCUCGCCUUGAAUGGCAGCGGUUUCGAAUGCGAGAGGCGGAUUCCGUGAAAAGGUGUCACCCGUGGGCGCUGCCAUCUUUGUCCCGUCUACGCUUGUGCAGCGCCGCCGGCUCCUGUUUGGCUUUGGACUUUUCCCAACCUUUGACCUAGAUUAACAUCAAAGCGCUAACCCUCUAUAGCCGGCUGCGCUAAUCACCACAUGCAAUCAAAUACCAAGUAGGAAUGAACGGCCAAGAUUAUGGAUCUGAUCCGAAGGGCGACCGCACUGUCGUGGCUUUUCUAUUUACUCCACAGGCCUUCUUGCAGUGACCCUCGACUCGAGCAGGCGCCUCGGUGAAAGAGGGCGCCUAAUGCUCUUAUAGAGGUUGACGGUGGCGUGCGCCGCGACAGAGGUCACAGGGCACGCUUCCAUUCUUUCCUGUCGACCGACACAGUCUGGAGAGAACAGUCCAGAAAGGAUUAGAGAAUACGAUGUGGAGAAUGGACCAAGGUGAAAGUGGGGGGAAGGCAAAUGCACGGAGCCUGUGCAGUCAAAGGUUUGCCAUUCAAAUUCCUCUGAGCGCAGGGACUUCACUGAUUCAAAUGUCUAUAAACACUGGAGGCAAACAUAUGUGGUUAUAUACACUGUAGCUCCCCUGGAUCUGUAUGGGCAAACCUUCAUUAAAACUUAUUAUUGUUAUUUUUUUAUUAUUCUACAGAGAAGUAAAAGCCGUGGGGAGAAACCAAAAGCACCUUUAGUCUCUGGGGCAUUUUCCAAUUACCAGCAUCAGAUCAGAGCCGGGAUAAUCCCAGGCCUGGAUGCUGGAUGGGGUGACGACUAGUAAACCAGCCUAAAUAUGAAAGUGAGCUCCAAUGGCGUGUCAGAUUGAUAAAUGAGCACGUCCCUGUUGGUGGCGCCGAAGGAAGCCGAGGGCGGAGGGGGAGAGGAAGAGUCGAGAGGAGAUCGAGGCGCGAUAGGGAAAGCAGCGGUGCCGCGCGUGGACCGUCGAAGGAGAGGGAGGAGGGGACGCUCGCGGUUGGUGCCCGGUGGCGUGACGUCAGCGGCUUGUGGAUUGAGGUGCUGCGUCCUGCUGAUUUUAAUCCUAACUCAUUAAGGAACAGAGAGCGAGCGCCUGUACACGCUCACUGGGAAAAGAGGGAAAGUGACAGGGGGAACAAAGGGACACUCCGUCACUGCAGGAACAAUCCAUCAAGGGAGAUAAGUGGAGCUAAUUUAUGAUUUGAGAGACGGACGGGCUUCCUCGCUCUCCCUCCCCGCGCGCGGCCCGCUCCAGCAUGCCCUCAAACGGCGUGAGCAGGGCCCUGAAGCUGCAGUUCGGCCUCAUCAACCACGAGAGCCGCUACCUGACGGCCGAGGCCUUCGGCUUCAAGGUGAACGCCUCCGGCACCAGCAUGAAGAAGAAGCAGAUCUGGACCCUGGAGCAGGACGAGCAGGACGGCCAGGUGGUGUUCCUCCGCAGCCACCUGGGGCGCUACCUGGCCUCCGACAAGGACGGGAAGGUCACGUGCGCGGCCGAGAAGCCCGACCCCGACUGCCGCUUCCUCAUCGUGGCCCAGUCCGACGGCCGCUGGGCCCUGCAGUCCGAGUCCUACCUGCGCUACUUCGGCGGCUCGGCCGACCACCUGUCCUGCUUCGCCCAGGUCAUCGGCGAGCCGGAGCUGUGGGCCGUCCACCUGGCGCUGCACCCGCAGGCCAGCCUGCUGAGCGUGGCCCGCAAGCGCUACGCCCACCUGUCCGCCUCCGACGGCGAGAUCUCCGUGGACAGCAACAUCCCCUGGGGAGUGGACUCCCUGGUCACGCUGGUGUACCUGGACGGCAAGUACAGCCUCAAGACCUGCGACAACCGCUUCCUCAGCAACGACGGCAAGCUGGUGCGGGAGAACACGGGCAGCACCGGCUUCACGCUGGAGCUGAAGUCGGGCAAGCUGACGUUUAAGGACUGCGACGGGAAGUACCUGACCCCGGUGGGCCCCACGGGGACGCUGCGCUCCGGCCGGUGCUCCAAGCCGGGGAAGGACGAGCUGUUCGACCUGGAGGAGAGCCACCCGCAGGUGGUUUUUCAGGCUGCCAACAAAAGAUUUGUCUCGGUCAAGCAAGGCGUGAGCAUCUCAGCCAAUCAGGACGUUGAGACGGACAUGGAGACGUUCCAGAUGGAGAUCGAUAAGGAGACGAAGAAGGCCACGUUCAGGACCAACGGCGGAUCCUACUGGACCCUCGUCACCCACGGGGAGAUCCAGUCCACGGCCAUAGACGUAGAGGCCAACACCAUGUUUGACAUCGAGUGGCGGGAGCACAGGGUGGCGCUGAAGGCCAGCAACGGGAAGUACGUGUGCACCAAGAAGAACGGGCAGCUGUCGGCCGUCAGCGACUCAGUGGGUAGGUGCCUUCGGGCCAAGGCAUCGCGGCGGGUCCGUCCGCUCCAGACAACCCAACGGAAUCUCCCCUUCGUCGCAGGUGACGACGAGCUGUUCCUGAUGAAGCUCAUCAACCGCCCGAUGCUGAUCCUCCGCGGGGAGAACGGCUUCGUGUGCCACCACAAGAGCUCCAACGCGCUGGACGCCAAUCGAUCCGUCUACGACAUUUUCUCGCUGAUCUUCAACGACGGCGCCUACAACAUACAAAGCAUGAGUGGAAGGUUCUGGUACGUCUCCGGCAGCGGCCUGGUGUCUUCAGAUGGAGAGAAGCCGGAGGAGUUCUUCCUGGAGUUCCUGGAACACGGACGCUUCGCCAUCAAGGGCUCCAACGGCAAGUACCUGCGCGGCGACCAGGGCGGCACGCUGAUGGGCGACGGCACGGCGGUCGACGCCUCCUCCCUCUGGGAGUUCUGAGAGACGGUCUCUGGGUUUCCCCGAUUCUGAGUUUCGAUUUCUUUUUGUUUUUUUUCCAAAAUGUGAAGAUGUGAACACUUUAGGAAGAUGUGUGGCUUUUCUUGUCGAUGUCCAAUAUUUUGUCCUUUUUACGGGGACGACGCCUGCGUCAGGCGGGAGAGCAAGGUCGCGGUCCCGUUUCUCUCACAUUCACCAUAGUCACAGACACGGCCGACAUGAUCGAGUACUAACCCGAGGGUUUGACUAACACAGAUUAGCACAUCCAGAUGUUCAGUAGACGCUCAGUGUAGACGAAUUAGACACGUGGGAACAACUUAACAAUGAGCCUCUCUGCAUUCUCUGUUUAUGUCGUGCUUUGACGUCUUCUCUCACGGGUAACACCUCCACAAAAGCACUUUUCCAACGUUAAGCCAGCAUCUCUGCAGAAACUCUGCAGCUGUGCAACCUUUGUGUAAAGCAAGACGAUGCUGGAACAAAGCAGAUCUGUAUCUUCAUAUAAGGGACCAGCGGGAAAGAGCUGUCGACCAUUUGAUGGACUUUACAUGGUUUAACGUAGCAGGUGUGAACUCAGAUUCUCUGGUGUUCUGCCCAGGGGCCUUAAUCCAUACUGCACUCUAUAGCCCUUAUAUUAUGUUCUCAGACUCAGAGUCGGGUGAAGAGGUUAGAAAAUGUGAUGGAUGGGGUUUUUUAAACAGACUUUUUGAAUCAAUCUCCUAUAUAAAAAAUGACGAAGAGAGAAAUGUGUUUGAAUGCAAAUCCUCAGGUAGUGUUUGUUCUCUGUCCAUUCAUUCAUUUGCAGAUGAAAGAUAAUGAUUGAUGACUUUGCUUAGUGGUUGUUGCCCAAGCUCAUCUCCAGUGUUGCUGGAAACCAUGUGGUUGGGACGGACGCUGGUGUUGAGCCUGAUCACCGUUUGUCCUGUGAAGUUUUUCUCCACUGUUAAAUGCCAGGUCGUUGAAUCUGCAGUAGUUUAAAGUGUGAUGUGCAAAACUGUGGUUUUGUGACGUGUGCAUUUUGCAGUUACUAGAGGACGAGGUCCAGAAGGGUUUGAUCAGCUGUGGACCCGGUGCCAGAUAAUAGAGAGACUCUGGCCACACUGUAGAACUCAUUUAUGAACUAGCUUUGCUUGUAAGAUGUUUUAUUAUCUUUUAUUUGUUUAUUGACAAUGGAUUUUUGAAAAUAUUAUACAAUAAAAUCUACAAAUUAUGA